AUUCUGCUUGAGCUGCCCGCCAGACGACGUUGUUUGACAGAUAAACAUGAAGAUCGUAACAUGGAACAUAAACGGGAUACGAACGUUUAAAAACGGUAUUAAGAAAAUCCUGGAUUCAUUUGAUGCGGAUAUUAUUUGCGUCCAAGAAACCAAAGUUACCCGCGACCUGCUGGAUGAGAAAACAGCGAUUGUCGAUGGCUACAAUUCAUACUUUAGUUUUAGCCGAGGACGAAGUGGAUACUCAGGUGUUGCGACCUACUGUAAAGAUACCGCUACUCCAUUUCUGGCCGAGGAAGGAUUGACAGGUCUACUAUCCAAUCAGGGAGAGGUUAUUGGUUGCUAUGGUGACCAGGUAGAGCUGACCAGCGAGGAGCUUCUGGCUUUGGACAAUGAAGGAAGGGCUGUCAUUACCCAGCAUCACUUCAUUGGUCAAGAUGGACCUCAGAAGCUGACCGUUAUUAAUGUUUACUGUCCCCGAGCUGACCCUGACAAACCUGAGAGAAAAGAGUUCAAGCUUCAGUUUUACAGACUCCUCCAGUGCAGAGCUGAAGCCAUCUUGAGCUCAGGGAGUCAUGUGAUCAUCCUGGGUGACGUGAACACCUCUCACAGACCCAUAGACCACUGUGACCCAGAUGAUGUGGAUAACUUUGAAGAUAACCCUGGGAGAAAGUGGCUGGAUCAAUUCUUGUUCCAAACUGCAGAGAACUCUGAAAAUGGAAAUGCUGCAGAUGAACCUGCUGAGGAUUUCCAGGAAUCAGCCUCUGGCGGCAAGUUCAUUGACUCUUUUCGCUAUUUCCACCCAAAGCGCUCGAAUGCCUUCACAUGUUGGUCCACACUCACGGGCGCAAGGCAGACCAACUAUGGCACACGCAUCGACUACAUCUUCUCCAACCACUCUCUGGUGAAGACGUUCUUUAUUGGUGUGGACAUAAUGCCAGAGGUGGAGGGAUCUGAUCACUGUCCUGUUUGGGCGCAGCUCAGCUGUACCCUUCAGUCUAGCCCAAGAUGUCCACCAGUGUGCACACGUCACAUGCCAGAGUUCAUCGGCAGACAGCAGAAACUUUCACGCUUCCUAGUCAAAAUUCCAGAGAAACAGAACAUUUCUAACGGCUCUGAAAAAAGUCUGCCUGGAUCACAGGAUGCUGGGGAAAUCCGGGAAAACCUGAAUCCUGUUGUACAGAAGCAAAAUGUAGGAAAGAAGAGACCUACAGACAGAGAAGACACAAAUGCACACAAAUCCAAAAAAAGCAAGACAACAAAAACCGAAAGUAAUGCUAAAGGAAGUCUUUUAGCUUUCUUCAAGCCUAAGCAAACACAGCUGAUACCUACAAAAGAGAAACAAGCAGAAUCCUGUCAGGAUGGCCCGGGUACUGGUAGCAACUCAAAAAUAUGCCCCAGUGAUUUGCAGAAUGAUAUGAAUGUCUCUAAGCUCCUGGAGAUGGAGACUGAAAAUCAAGAUGAAGUGGAAGGAGAAUCUACAUCCAUGGACAAGCCAAAUGACUGUAAGAAAGGGCCAUGCACUGGUUUUUGGAAAUCGGUUUUGCAUGGGCCACCUCAGCCACCACUUUGUAAAUCACACAACGAGCCUUGUGUCUUACGGACGGUGAAAAAAGCAGGACCUAAUUUAGGCCGGCAGUUUUUUGUAUGUGCUCGUCCUCAGGGUCACGCCUCCAAUCCUCAGGCCAGGUGUAAUUUUUUUGCAUGGGUAGAAAAAGGAAAGUAGAACUUUUUAUUUCUAAAAUACCGUUUUUAUGUUUUGAUUGUGUGUUUGUUUUAUAUGUAGUUUUAAAAAUGUGCUUCUAUAAAUAAACAAUGCUUUU